AUGACGAACGCCUCCAGCUUGCAGAGCCUCGAUCUCUCCAACAACCAGCUCGCAUUCGACCUCAAGGAGAUGAGAUUGCCGCCGGGGAUCUCUUCGGUUCAACUCCGGUCUAACCGCAUCACAGGCUCACUCUCUGCGAUACUCAACAACAGCAGCAGCAAAAUAAGCUUUCUGGAAGUUUUGGACGUGUCGAUGAAUAUGAUAUCAGGGGCCAUACCAGACUCUGUCACCGGCUUGACCCGACUGAAGAGACUGGAUAUAGCUAGGAACAGAGUAUCUGGGUCGCUUCCAGCGAGCUUGGGGAAGCUCGCCGAUCUUCAGUGGAUUGAUGUUUCUGUCAACUUGUUGACCGGCAAAAUCCCGAGCAGCUUGCUGACGGUUAAGAACCUGAGGCAUGCGAACUUCAGGGCUAACAGACUCUGUGGGGAGAUUCCUCAAGGGAGGCCUUACAACAUCUUUCCGGCGAGCACUUAUGCUCACAACCUCUGCCUCUGCGGCAAACCUUUGCCACUGUUCCGGGGGAGGGAAUCAAGAUACGAGCCAGCGAUCGUGCUGCCUCGGUGA